CGUUAAGAGCUUUCCAUGCACCCUGACUGUGCAAUCCCUUGCCGCCAUUCCCCCAUGGGUUCUCUCUUUCUGCUCAUCACUGCACGAGACAGCGCGCACAAACUGGGACGACGGGAUACGCCGAUGGCGAAAAAGGAAGAGAAGCAUCAAGGAUCGGCAAGCCGCUGCAAUGGAUAUUGGGAAGCCUCACGCUGUGCCCUCUUCCUGGUAGUGGCAUCCUCGUCUGCCAUGUGGCAGUGGCAAACGGUUUCAUGUUCCAAUGCUGAGGUGGCGAUUGCUAUGUUUACCAUCUGCUGAUGGAUAAGGAUACAAUAGCGAGGCGAACAGCGGAGAUUGUAUGCUCAUGAUCGGCAAGAAACUUUGCUGCCGAAGGGACAUCGCUUACAGAUGCAUCGCGGAUAUAGGCUUUAUCGGGAUGUGGGGAGAACCAUAGAGGCACUGCAAGUAUGUGAGCUAGGUCUUCGAGUGAAGACCUAGUCUAGCAUCGCUUCGCUUAUCCACGGCCAUCGAUCUGGAUGGAAGGUGAAUGUGCUAGACAAGCUCAUCGUGCAGAGAGGCGUCUCAACAGA